UGAAGCGGAUCCGCACCUCAGCCGUGUCCUCGCCCACCCACGGCUCGUUCCGGGCACCACGCGGAGUUCCGACCUUUCACUCGGAGGUUUGUCACCUGCUUCAUGAAUUUGUGACUCAAAGGAGCCGAGGUCCCACCGGACUCGCUGCUGCCUGUCGACAGGAGAAGCGGGGUGUUCGCCGCAUCUGUUGCCUGGGUGAAUUCAUGAUAUGCUAGCAUCCACCUAGCUGUAAUCCAAGGGAACGACGUUUUUUUUGUUGUUGUUGUUGUUUUUGUUUUAAUUUGUAUAUCUAAAAUCACUAAUGACAGCUCGUGGUUCUGGUGGACUGCGCUCCGCGUGAGUCUUCAGUAAAUAGUCGGCCCACUAAAUGGUGUUUAAAAAAAAAGGCGUCUUAAAACCAAGGCGGACCUGAAUGUGUAGGAAUGGGUUUGGCGUGAGGCUGCAGGGAGGUAACGGCAGCUAGCCUGCUAGCUCGAUGGUAGUUAACAUGUAGGAUAUGCAGCGACUGUACAGCAGUCCUGUUGGCUAACAUGGACUUUGUGUUGCCCGUCGAGCCCGAUGCAGUAGGAGACAGGUAAAUACAACGAUGACACCGAAUUCGGCAGCCUGAAGCUAGGCGACCAUGGAGUCUUUCCUGCAGAUCGCUCCCCACUCUCUGGCCAUCGUGCUGUCCAGGGUCGGGGCCGGGGAGGCGGUGGGGGCGGCCGGAGUGUCAGAGAGCGACGAGCUCCCGAGACACCACACCGGCUAUGAGAUAUUUGCCGAUUUCAAAGCGGAAAACACUCAGCAUCACGUAUGGAAUCAACGGAUUACAGAGGCUGUGUCCGAGACUUUCUUCCUGGGAUGGAUAGACGAGCAUGUGCUGCUUAUACAGGGGAAGGAAGACCACCUGGAGGUGCUGAGGGAGGGAUGGAUGCGGAGGUCCCUCAACCCGCCUCGGGGAUUCACCAUCAAAUAUCUGGGUGAUGUGUCACCCAUCAGUAUGUCACCUAUCAGCCAAUCCCAGUUCAUCCCUCUGGGAGAGGUAUUGGUAUUGGCUAUCUCUGCUAUGAACUCUGCGCAUAAGCCUGUCACCCAGGAGGCCCUAACGGAGCACCUACAGACAUGUUUUCCAGGUGUUCCCACACCAACGGAGGAGGUUCUGCACCACACACUGAACAUGUUGGUCCGUGAGCGCAAGAUCUACCCAACACCUGACGGAUAUUUUAUUGUAACGCCUCAAACUUACUUCAUCACGCCAAGCCUAAUCCGAACCAGCUCCAAGUGGUACCACUUAGAUGAUCGAUCUGCUGACCGGCACCAACAGCAGCAACAUCAGAAUCAGCAGCAGAAUCAACAGACUCAGUGCACCUCCCCCAUCUCUGGCACCCCAUCCACUUCUUGUGGCGUGCGAGAUCGGAGUCACCCAAAAUCCAACCAGAACCACAGUGGGGGUGGGGGAGUUGUGGAUUCCUUUUAUAACAACACCUGCCGUGGAGACGACCCCUCCAGUCACCACACUACUCUGCAGCUCAGAUCCCCCAAAGAUCACCGGGAGGUAUAUUCGUCUCCACAGUCACCUCCUCAGCCAGCGGGAGGCAGCACAGAAAAGAGCCGCAGCACCCUCGGGUUCCCCUUCAAGACGGACACGCUCACAAAGCAUCGUGGAGGAGGAGGAGGAGGUGGAGGAGGAACUGGUGAGCUCGAGAAGCAGCCAGGAGGUGGUACAGUGAGUCGUAAAUUUGGUUUGAAGCUGUUUCGUCUCAGCUUUAAGAAAGACAAGACCAAGCAGCUGGCCACAUUCUCUGCACAGUUCCCACCUGAGGAGUGGCCUCUCCGUGAUGAGGAGGCACCCACCCAGCUCCCGCGCCAAAUAGAGAUGGAAAUUAUCCGCAGAAUUAACCCUGAUCUCACAGUGGAGAACCUUGCCAGGCACACAGCAGUCAUGAAGCGUCUUGAAGAGGAGCGUGCACAGAGAAGCAAAGCAUCAUCAGCCAAUCACAGUUCAAGAAGUAGAAGAAGUGGGGGAAGACAUAGAAAGCAGUCUCAGACCAAACUUAGUCGCUCGCAUAGUAAGACAAGGGUGACCCGGGGUGAGCAGAGUGAGAAUUCCCAUUUGGAACUAACUGACAGGGACUAUAGAGCUUACUCAUCAUCACUGGCUCGGUCACCGAGGGAACAUGCUCUGGCCAUGGAGCGGCAACGGACGCGUCUUCAUCUGGCACAUAGCAACCCCAACAUCCUUGACUCCUCCCACCUACCUGUCACGCCGGAAUGGGACGUGUCUGGGGAGCUCGCUAAACGACGGACAGAAAUGCCUUUCCCUGAGCCGAGCCACGGCCCAUCAGCGCACCACUCGAAAGUCCACCGCUCGCACUCACACACACAGGAGAGGAAGUCCAGGAAUGAACGCAGCGAUAAAGCCAAGGAACGCUCCAGAUCCAUGGAAAAUUCAAAAGGACCACUCGGAGCUGGCUUAAUUGGACCACCCAGUUACUAUGAUGAUCGAAGCCGUUACUAUACUGAUGAUGGAACCUUACGAGCCAACCAGAGCUCUUGCCACUACCCUCAUGCCACUCCUCCUUUGGCUAAGCUGCCUGGGGAAUCAUUCGGGUUAGAUGGUGGCAGAAGUUUAGAAAAAUGUAAGAGUCGGGAUAGUCUGCCAGCAUAUUCUCCUAAACCACACCACAACUCUGUCCCUCCUGAUGGCUACUUCCAGUGCUCCGGUUCUUCUGACGCUAUACUCACCGCCCCAAGCCCACUGGGAACUCUUGGCAAAAGUAGCCAAGAUGGGUUGAAAUUGGGCUGCAAUGACAGGCAAACAGAAAGACAAACACCACAUCCUCCAGAAAAUGAGGACUUUUCAAAAGUGGGACCUAAAGGUGGCAGCCUGCCUCCAAUACCUCUCUCAAUGCCAGAGCCCCCUGUUUCGAAUGCACGACCUCCCCACAGUGCCUCCUGUGGUCAAGAAAAACAUAAGGAGAUCUUUAGUAAAGAUACACUCUUCAAACCACCUCCUAGCCUUCCUUUGCCAGGAUACAGCUCCUUGAGGAAAACUCCUGUCCUUGCCUCCUCCAAUCUGUCUUCAUCCUGUGAUGCACUUGAUUCCCAGGAGGCCUUUGAUGCUCCCAAACCUCUAGUUGCAACUCCCUCUGUUCCCAUACAAGCGGGUGAACCCACAUCUAGUGCUGCAGAGGCCUCCUUUGACUAUUACAAUGUUUCAGAUGAUGAUGAAUUUGAGGAAGGAGGCACUAAAGGUCGAGGAGAUGACGGCAAAACUGGAGGAGGUGUUGUUGGAAUGGGAGGAGGUGGAGCAGGCACCAUGCAGUGGCUCUUGGAGCGAGAGAAGGAAAGGGAUCUACAGAGAAGGUUUGAAAGAACCCUCACCUUUCCUGGUGCUAAAGAAAACCUUCCAGAAUCCAGUCAGAAUCAGCAGUCAGCGCACUCUGCCAGACUCGACAGUAUGGACUCCAGCUCAGUUACUGUUGACAGCGGAUUCAACUCACCAAGAACGAGGGAGAGCCUUGCAUCGAACACCUCGUCCAUAGUGGAGAGUAAUCGUCGGCAGAAUUUGGCUCUGAGUCCCGGCCACCUCGGUAUUACAAAUAGCAACGGUCCCCCGUUCUCAUUCCGCACCAUCCCUGAACCAGCUGGCAGCCAACCGGAAAAACUCCAAAAGCCCAACGCCUGCCUUGCAUCAAUCACCAGCGUCUAGAGGCCGUGAUGAAGGACAAGAGGAAGUCCUACCCCAAGGACUGUUAAACAUGCAGACUGUCACAUUGACUAAAUCAGUGGAGCUGCCACAAGACCACUGUGGAACUAUAGCUGUUAAUACACACGUAAACAUAUUCUUACAAACAAAGGAAUUUAGACCACCAUGAGACUGCUCUCUUCCCUCAUAAACACACACAGACACACACACACACACACACACACACACCAUGCCACUGGGCAAACUAACCAUGUCAUUUCAUAGCUUUGUGUUUACACACCGCUGUCGUGUUCUUUCACUUAUGUGGGUUUUACUUUGCCUGUGCGUUUGCUUUCGUGUGAGUUGGUGAGUGUGUGACGUGUGGGAUAUGGUUGUGUACCAGUAAUCUGGAAUCUCAGGUCAUAUAAUUCCUACUCCCACUCCAGAUGCUCCAUAUCAGUGCAUCUCCGUCCGAUGGUGUCUUUAUACACACUGAAGGGUCUGGAAGCUCUGCUAACUAUUGUUACUGACACUAAACACAGUCAGUCCAGUUUCUGCGCACUUUGUCUCGUCUGUUUGCUUGAAUACGGUGAACAUUUAUCAAAAAUGUGAGCUGGACAGAUGGUAUUACGUGUAUCCUGUACCCAAUCGGUUCCUUUUUAGUUGAGAUGCACGGAUUUCAAUGGUUUCAGCUGGAUCAACCAUUACCCUGCAGUUUAAAGACAGAACUGACCCUGUGCUAGUCACACACACACAUGUAAGUCUAUGGUAUGUUCGAACCAUAGAAAUCAGAUUCAUGAGGGCACUUCUUAAACAUUCAAAACUAUAAAUUUAAUAACAGUGACUUUAACAUUUGGUUUGGAGUUGCACAGCCAAUCCAGAACAAACGCAGCAACUAUUUCUAGCUUCUGUUGUGUUCUGUUCAUUGGAACAGCCUGAAUAAAGACACCAGCUUUAGUUUUAGUCAGUUAUAACCGUUUCCUUGACUUUUGGAUGCAAAUUAAAGAAUUUGCUGUUAUUUAUCAGGUCCACUGGAUGCUGCUGCCUCAUGUCUGCAUAAAGUAAUGUGCUUCAGGCUGAGCAGCUCAUGGAAAUUCGCCCAUUUUCCAGCAGGUGUCGCCAUAGCACACAUAAGAAAACACGAACCACUUGGUUUUUCAGGUUACAGUACAGAACUGUACAUUUUAUUUUUAUGUUUUAAAAGCAACCAAAUACAAACGGUUGUGUGUAAUGUGUGGUUCACACCUUUUAACAAGUUGUUGUGAAUUUGAAUUGCAUACAAUGAACACAAAACAAGGAUUUGUUGUACAAUCACGGUCUAUAGUUUAGUCGGUGACUCAAAUUGCGUUUCACUAACUUUUGAGCAUAUUUUUAUAUUUUCUAUUAUAUAUUGAAAAAUAAUGUUGGCAAUUUUAAAAUGAGAAUUUCUCAAUAUUUACAAUGUUGAGCCAUUCUAACUGUUCGUUAUAACAUUAAACAGUGUGAAUCCCAAACAUGAAAACUGAAGCAGUCAAGUCAGAAAGGUUUGGCCAUGACUAUUGCAGAUUCUCAAAGGUUCUGUGGGAUUCUGGUUAAUAUUUCAGUCAAGGUUCAUACAACACAUACCAUUGUCUUGAGUAUAUUACAUUAUAUCACAGCAUGAAUAAAUGAGUUGGUUGGGAACAGACUUAAAAUGACUGCAGAAGCAUUCAGUGGACAUGAGCAAUUUUGUUUCUUAGUUUGGUUACUGUAGCCUGCAAAAAGUUGCACUGAGUUGAUUACUUGGCAUGAGAAUAUGAACACAUUCAAGGUGCAUAAUUUUGAUGCAAAAUGAGCUCCUGUACUGGUAUUUCAAUAUCCAUGAGAUUAUGGGAUCGUAUGGUUUUGAAAAUGAACAUGAAUCCAUAUACUGUGAGUGUUGUUCACCGAUAGCAGGGUUGUGAUUUAAGUAUUAUUAUUAUUUUUUUUAUUUCAAUAUUUUUUAAUACAGAAUGAGACAUUGGGGAAUAAAAUCAAGUUAAUCACGGUCACUCAUGGUGCUGAAAAUGCAUCAUGGUCGGUGAUGGUCAUAAUGGUAAUCGUAAUAAAGAGUGAUGAUGUAUUGGAAUAGUAUUAAAUGGCUGCUUAAUAAUAAUAAUAAUAAUUUCACUUACAUACUAAUGGACGCGUUCAUAUACGGUAUCCCCUCGAAGAAGUAUAUUGGUUUUACACAAGACUGAGCAGGAUUGGCUCCUUUGUGUCAUAGUGCGCUAGACACAUUUUUAAGCCUGAGCUGAAAUGUGUUGGUCUGGUCAAUCAUGGGAAAUCCUGUAGUACGACUGAUCCAGGCAUGGUCCUGAUCCGAGAUCCAUUUUUCUGCAGGCUCUGGAAGUUUGCCAGCCAACCUGAUGUUGUCAUCUUACAAGCUCCUCUUCAACUACCUCCACAACAGCAAAAACACAGCCCGUCCUUUCCAUGAUCACACUGUCAUCAGCCUUUGGCCUGUGAAUGUCUGCACAUACAUACAGUACACACUAUACAUCCAAGUGCUGGACUCCCUGUCCUUUUGUUUACCUUUGUUCACCCACUGUCAUAGCGUAGCUGCUAUAAGCGAGUGAGCCAAAUGCAAAGACGCAUGGAAAAAAAUCUCAUCUCAGAUUGGGGAUAUGCACAUUGUAAAGUUCCACUUAAAGCUAUCUAGAACCCCAAACAAUAUAUAUAUCUUAAAUAACCUUAUGGUGUACUACAGCUUUAUUAUCUUCUCUGUACCAGAGUACUGACGUUUCUACUAAUAUGCUUUGGUUUCAAUUACAUGCUCGACUGAAAGUGGUUUGUACUCUGUUGGUCCCAGCUUUACAAUAAGAAAUAAAGCGUCCACCAAACAGUACAGUUAAGUUUGGUACAAUACCCAAAACUGCCAACCUAAACGUCAAACAGUGACCCUUCGUUGGGGAAGCUGUGGAGCCAGACGCCCUCUGUUGCUUUUGUUUAUUUUCUAUAAUUAAUGCAUGUUCUGUUAUUGAAUGAUUCCAUGCUAUUUACUCUAUGUAGUGGAUGCCUUCACCAUCCCGCCUACACAAACAAGCUCGAGCUUGAUCAGGGUUAUUGAUCACUGCACACCACGGUGAACUGAUAUGUACUGCUUGGUGAAAAUGUAGUCUAAGACUCAAGACCACUCACUCUUUGAGCUACCUGUAGGUUCCACUUAUUGGAGCACUGCAAUGCAAUAUCAUUGUAAACCUGUGUAUUGAAUAUUGCAAGACUAUAAUGUACAAGGUGCAGUCAAAAAGUAGAGUCCAAUUUAAUUUAACCUACUAAAGAUUUUCACCACUUGUAGUUUAAAUACUUGUUUGAAGGUUUAUUAUUAUUUAUUUUUUUUAAGUUUCGUUUUAGCCCGUCCUCUUCCUGUUAGCUGUUUUUGAAAUGAUGAUGUUGCAUGCCCAAGAACAAGAGCCUGUUUUAAGUGACCUCCAUGACAAGCAAAGGAGUAGCAGGCCAUCUUUAGGGGUUAAUCCUGGGACUAGUGCUGGGCUCUUGUUCGUCGCCUUUGAUCCUGGACACCCACUUUUUGACUGUAUCGUAGCCUAUUGCAGCUUCCCCAUACACACUUCGCAACCUUUGAAAAUGUUUAGUGGUGGUUCCUCCUCGAAAGUAAAGAAUUCAAUUACAGCUCUUUGCUUCUGACGGGAAUCCAACAAUGAUGUAAUUUCCAAAAUAGGUGACAGGAAGAGGACAGGCUGAAACAACACUUGUUUUAGAUAAACUUACAAACAAGUAUUAACUACAAACUGAACAUUUCUGGAAAAAAAUAAAAAUAUUAGUGGGUUUAAUUAAAUUGGGCUCAAUACUUUUUGACUGCCCCUCAGUUAUUUUAUCUGAAACCUCCUGAAGCAGUCCCUUCUACACCCCGAAACACUAGGCCUUUCGUCCUUCCCACAUAAUUACAGUUGGGCUCUAGUGCCAAGUCUACCUCUCCAGAGGGAAUGUGUAUCACCGGUACCUACUUUUGGUUGGUUCCCUAUUCUUUCAAUUAGACGCAAUCAGGGUCUGGUUUAUAUUACCAUUACAAUAUGUGUGCUCACCCGUUCCCUAAAAUUACUGUCAGCCUCUAUUGUAUCACUAAUAUUGGAUUAACCACUGAGUCCAGGACUCCAAAGAGCUGUUUAAUCCAUAUCCCUAUACCACAGUUCAGGGGUUUAACCUCCAGUUCCACCUGGAAAAUAGGGCUGUAGUCUCUUGUAUGGUGGAGGCCAAGAGGUUUUGUGCCUCAGUGUCUGAUAUUUGCACUGUCCCUAGCCCAAUUCUCCCCACCACUGUCUGGCCCACAGGCCCUCCAUCUACCUUAUUGCCCUCCAGCCAGCCACAGUCAUAUAUAACCUUCCAUCCCUUUUCUACACUGAGAGUCCAUGAAAUGUCUUCCCUUAACAUCAGCAGUGGGUUCAAAAAAUUGAGGUCCAACAAUAACAUUGCUUCAAAUGGUGACAUACCUGUAAAUGAUGUUUAUCUGUCAUGCCUAGUCAGCUAAUUUAAACAAUAAAAAGAGGGAUUUUUUUUUAAAUGUCUAUAAUAUCUGAAAGUCCUUUUGAUGUUAGUACUGGUGUUACCAUUGUUGUAGUGUAUGUGAUACCCUAUGGGGAUUGUGUUACUUUUUAAGAUAAUAAAAUAAUGAU